AUGGCCCUGACAACAAAGGUUGCCACAUGGCUCUGGGGCCCAAACGCCAAAGACCGAGCCUUGCUAUCCAAACUCGAUGUGACACUACUCCCUUAUUUCUCACUAAUCUGGUUCCUUUUCGGCAUCACUCGGGCUAGUUACUCAACUGCUUACAUCAGUGGCAUGAAAGAGGCCUUGGGUUUUGAGGGGAAAGAGUACAACUACAUGAAUACGGCGUACCUGGUUGUUUACGCCGUUUGCCAGAUCCCCGGCACCAGUCUUUUGACUAUAUUGCGACCGAAAUAUGUCUUCGUCGCUGCCAAUGUGACUUGGAGUGUGUUGACUUUAAUAACCUACAAGAUGACUCAUGCCUGGCAAGUCAUUGUGCUGAACGCCAUCGAGGGAGGAUUUUCGGCAAUCGCAUACGUCGGGGCACAGUUCAUUCUUGGCUCGUGGUACCGAAAAACCGAGCUGGGAAUGCGAGCUGCUGUAUUUUGCGUAUUUGGCCAACUGGGAACAAUGUCCGGUGGCUGGAUGCAGGCUGGUCUGUUACAGACUCUCGCAGGAAAGGGCGGCCUGCCAGCAUGGAAAUGGAUUUUCAUUAUCGUUUCGGUCAUGACAAUCCCAGUGGCAAUAUUUGGAUGGGUCUUCAUUCCGGAUCUUCCUGCUCACCGUGCUGCAUGGUAUCUCAACGACGAAGAAAAGGAACAUGCGGCCACUCGCCUGGGUCCUGUUCGCCAGGAAGCAUGGGACAAGACCGUGUUCAAACGCGUGUUGUUAAGUUGGCAAUUCUAUCUCUUGCCAUUCCUCUUCAUGUUGUACUCGCUCUGUGUGCAGAUGCUAUCAAACAACGUCAUGGCUUACUGGAUGGCCUCGCGAGGCUACACCACUGUCCAGCAAAACAACUACCCAACGGGCAUCUACGCGACAGCCAUCGUUGGAACAGUGCUUUAUGCCGUCAUAUCCGAUAAGCUCCAAUCCCGCUGGGAAGUCUCCAUCGCAAUCGGCCUUACCUUCAUCAUUGGCUCGGCCAUAUUGGUCUCUAGCCCCUCUACGGAUGCCGCAUACUUUGUUGCCUUUUACCUACUCGGCACAACCUUUGCCCCGCAGGCCGUAUGGUAUUCAUGGAUGGCCGACGUGACGAGCCAUGAUUUCCAGCUCCGCGCCAUCACGACAGGAUUCAUGAACUCAUUCGACUUUGCUUUUGUCACCUGGUGGCCCUUGAUUUUCUACCCAGCGACAGAUGCGCCUAAUUUCAGAAAGGGUUAUAUUGCCAGUCUGGUCACGGGAGCAUUGACAUUGCCGUUUAUCGCACUCAUUACUUAUCUAGAGAAGAGGGAUACGGCACGCGGGAUAAUCGGGCGAGUUAAAGCUGACGACUCUGACGUCGGGGAGUCGAAUGAGCCGGUCGAUGAGAAUACACCGAUCAAUGUACGGCCGAAGACUAGCGUGUAG